AUGUCACCCAAAGCCCAAGUCAAGAUCGAUAUCCGUCAAGCAUGCGACAAGCUCCUGGACAGAGCGGAAAACGAGAUCCAUCUACUAAAACAAGAGGUCGAACGGCUCAGCACGGAGAAGGAUCAACAGGCACACGAUUCUUCUCAGUUGAUUCAUCAACUUAGAGUGGAAAAAGCCCAAGUGGCUGACCAGCUCCGCCAAUCUGUCACAAAUACGGAGUCUGCCAUCACCACAUGCCAGAAACUUGAAAGCGAAGCGUCUCAGCUCAAACAGCAACUUCACGAUGCCCAGCAUAACCAGCGAGACUAUGUUGCUUGGAGUGAAAUCCAGCCGAUUUUCAGUCGGAUACGCGGCUUGUUCUUAACUGGGAAUACUUUGCGGGAAGAACUACAGGCUUUUGAGAACCGAUAUAUGGGGAAACAACUACCGGGAGAUGGAGUGAUCCAGGACUCAUGGUCGAAUCCUAAUGUAUCAUUCGGAAUGCUGGAUCCGAGCGUUCUGUCGGGCUUCGCAGUCACAAAUAAUUUCGCAUUGAACACGCCGCAAGUACCACCGCUGCCGGGUCAGUAUCCAGCUUUGUCUUGA